CUCCCGCUCUCCUCCGUCAUGCCUCUGUCUCUCCUGCUGCUGCUGGCUCUGGGGGCCCGCUCCGGGGCCUUCGACCUGGCCCAGACCACGCGCUGCGUCCCCGUCCCGCCGCAGAUGAGCGUCUGUCAGGACGUGCCGCACUCGGAGAUGCGUCUGCCGAACCUGCUGGGUCACGGCAGCCUGGAGGAGGCCGUCCCUCGCUCCGACGACUGGAGGAGUCUGCUCCACAGCGGCUGUCACCCGCAGGCCCGCGCCUUCGUCUGCUCGCUCGUCGCUCCCGUCUGCCUCGACAGGUUCAUCCAGCCGUGUCGGAGUGUGUGUGUGGCCGUGAGGGAGAGCUGUGCUCCCGUUCUGGCCUGUCACGGACACACCUGGCCCCGGGCCCUGGACUGUGAGCGGUUCCCUGCCCAGGACGACACCUGUCUGACCCCGCUGCCCAAACACAUCAGCGCCUUCUCCAAAGAUUUCCCUCAGCCUGUGUGUCAGAGCUGUCCGUCCGUGGAAGAAGCGCCGUCUCUGAAGACCGUUCUGGACGCGCUGUGCCUCAACGACUCCGCGGUCAAGGCCAAGCUGUCCCGGCGCCGCCUGCCCUCCUCGGAGCCGGAGCUGACGGUGGACGGCCCGGUGGAGUUGAUCCAGCGCGGCCCGCUUCUUCCGUACGACACGGCGAGCCUCCUCCAGCGCUGGCUGCUCAUCAACCUCCGCUGCGCUCUGCCUCUGGUCCGGCCCGGACGGGCUCAGCUCUACCUCGUCACCGGCACCAUGCGCGCCUCCGGCUCCAUCCAGCUCUCCAGUCUGUUCCCGUGGCUCAAGAAAGACCUGCACAUCGCCGCGGGCGCGCGCAAGUGGAAACACCACAAAUGCUGACG